AUGACAAAAUGUAACCCAGUGGCUACUCCGGUCGACACCUACUCCAAGCUCAGUGCUACUUCAGGUCCUGCGAUUAAGGAUCCUACUCUAUACAUAAGCCUAGCUGGAGCUUUACAGUAUCUCACAUUCACCAGGCCAUACAUAUCUUACGCAGUUCAACAGGUAUGCUUAUUCAUGCAUGACCCUCGAGAGCCUCACAUGCAGGCCCUUAAGCGGAUCAUUCGCUAUCUUCAGGGCACAAUUUAUCACGGUUUGAUUGUCUCGGUCUCCACUACUUCUGGAUUAACGGCAUACUCUGAUGCUGAUUGGGCAGGAUGUCCUGAUUCUCGUCGAUCGACUUCGGGUUACUGUGUCUUUCUUGGUGACAACCUCGUGUCCUGGUCAUCCAAACGUCAGGCAACAGUUUCUCGAUCCAGUGCUGAAGCUGAAUACCGGGGGUAG